AUGCACUUGUUUGGGGGAUGGAUCGCGUGGGGAGUGGUGGCCGCCGUUGCUGAAGGCGUGCCUAGUCCUACCACUGGUCGUCCAACUACACCUCGUCGUACCAUCACAUCGAUAAGUCCCAGCACCCCUACUGUCGUCCCAGCAACCAGCAAAAUCUCACUGCCGACUACCACUUCAGCUCCAUCGAUGCGUCCCACCACUGCAGUUGGCAUCACUGCUAGACCAAAAAUGACCAUCGCCCCAACCAUAGCCACCACCACCGUCACCACAUCCAUUCCUGCACGCAAUGCGACAUCGUCCCCCACAGUGUCACGUAUAUCGCCACCACCGUCCCGCAUAGGUAUCAUAGUCCUGGGAACGGUGGGAACAUGCAUUGCCCUCGUCUUCGCCCUCUGGGUAUGUAAAGUCGCGAGAGCUCGGAGGCGACGCUUCGUACAGUUUAUGGACUCGGCCCGUCCUCACGCGGAGUCACCCGCCGAUCCUCUUGCCAUUUCAUCAUCAUUGCAACCUCUUGUGACGCCGUAUUCGGUUGUUGUCGCGACUGGUCAAUGUCGUCAAUCUCAGCACAGCCCCCGCUCACCCCCCUCGUCGAUUCCAACGGGCGAGACCUUGGACUGUACUCCGUGUCCUUUGUGUGGGUCACCCAUGACCUAUCGACCAACUACCUCAACCGCGUCCACGAUGAAUCACUUGGUCAGUAGAUCUCGACUGUCGCCGUCGUGCAUCGAUAGACACAACCGAGUGGUCCAUCAGUUGCAACGCAACAGUGGAAGGGACCCCCCCAACCCCUCCGCCUUCUCCAUAUGGGACCACCGAAGAGGUCAUAGCUUGCCACCCUCGCUUGUGUGCGAAGGGUGCUAUGGCAUUGGAACGGACACAACCCUAAGCAUACGCGAACGCGCCGCCAAAGCCAGCGGAGCGCCCCAAGCCUUCAGCGACGCAAAACAUCGCCUCAUGAUGGAGCUUCGCGACUUGUUGAACGAACUGCGUUAG